AAACCUUGAGGUUUUCGGAUGAAAUUCCACUCCUUGCCCUCAGGACCUUGAAGGGCGUAUUCAGGGGACGAGUUUACCUGCUGCUGCCGAUGAUAUUGUUUAUAAAUACUUGAACGUGAUUGCUGUUAAAAUGCCUCAGCAAAACAAUGAUUGUUCACAUUUGGAAUCUGUUGGUGAGAUAACCAAAGAAGAUUUGAUACACAAAUCUCAUGGGACUUGCCAAGACUGCAUGGUAAAAGGACCAAAUCUGUGGGCAUGCUUAGAGAAUAGAUGCUCCUAUGUUGGUUGUGGGGAGUCACAUAUAGAUCAUAGCACCAUACAUUCAGAGGAAACAAAGCAUUGUUUAACAGUUAAUCUUACAACACUUCGUGUCUGGUGUUAUGCAUGCAGCAAAGAAGUAUUUCUGGAUAGAAAGCUAAGAACUCAUUCUUCCUUACAAAAUGUACGGUUAUCUUCCCCUGGUCCAGAACAUAUCAUACAGGAUAUUAAGUUACCCAGUAUCCCUACACUGAAAAUUCCUUUAAUUGCAACAUUUGAUGAUCUAGAUGUACAAAUUGAUGAAGAAGAUGAAUUAAAGGCUAGAGGUUUGACGGGCUUGAGAAAUAUUGGAAACACUUGUUACAUGAAUGCAGCUUUACAAGCACUUUCAAACUGCCCCCCAUUGACACAAUUUUUCCUUGACUGUGGGAGUUUAGCUCGGACCGAUAAAAAACCAGCCAUUUGCAGAAGUUACUACAAACUUAUAACAGAACUCUGGCAUAAAAGCAGGCCUGGAGCUGUGGUCCCCACAAAUUUGUUUCAAGGAAUUAAAGCAGUUAAUCCAACAUUUCGAGGCUAUUCGCAACAAGAUGCCCAGGAAUUUCUACGUUGUUUAAUGGAUUUGCUUCAUGAAGAGUUAAAAGAAACUGUUAUUACAAUAGAGGAUAGUAACACAACAAAUAUUGAGGAGAGAAUGGAAGAAGAAAAAUGUCAAUCAGAUGCAGAUUUUCAGUCAUGUGUUAACAAUGAUAAGGUAGAAAAAGAUCCUUGGUCAAAAUCUGUGGCAGAUGACCCUGCAGAAAAUGCAAUGUUAAUUGAGGAGGAUGGAAAUACAUCUAAAGAUUAUAGAAAAGAGAGAUCCUUGUGUACCAAAAUGAAUAGAACAAAUUCUAUGGAUGACACAGAAAAAGAUAUAAACGGUUUCCGUGAAACAGCUGAACUUUUGAAUAAUCAGGAAACAGUGAAGGUACAAAUACACAGCAGAUAUUCAGUUCCAACAGCGCCUUCCUCUAAAAAGAAGAAAAACAAAAAAUACCGAAGUGUUAUAUCAGACAUAUUUGAUGGUUCUAUUUUAAGUUCUGUACAAUGUCUCACAUGUGAUCGGGUUUCAGUUACACUGGAAACUUUCCAGGAUUUGUCUUUACCCAUUCCAGGUAAAGAAGAUCUUGCUAAACUGCAUUCUGCAAAUCAUCAAACUUCUCUUGUCAAGGCAGGAUCUUGUGGUGAAGCAUAUGCUCCUCAAGGUUGGAUUGCGUUUUUUGUGGAAUAUUUCAAAAGGUUUGUUGUCUCAUGUGUCCCUAGCUGGUUUUGGGGUCCAACAGUAACCUUACAAGAUUGUCUUGCUGCCUUUUUUGCUAGAGAUGAAUUGAAAGGUGACAAUAUGUACAGUUGUGAAAAAUGUAAAAAGUUAAGAAAUGGAGUAAAAUUCUGCAAAGUUCAACACUUCCCUGAGAUUUUAUGUAUUCAUCUCAAAAGAUUCAGACAUGAUCUUAUGUUUUCCACAAAAAUUGGAACUCAUGUAUCCUUUCCUUUGGAAGGACUUGAUCUUCAACCUUUUCUUGCUAAAGACAGUCCUGCUCAAAUAGCAGUUUAUGACCUUUUGUCUGUCAUUUGCCACCAUGGAACUGCAAUCAAUGGGCAUUAUAUAGCUUAUUGUCGAAAUAAUUUAAAUAAUCGAUGGUAUGAGUUUGAUGAUCAAAGUGUCACAGAAGUAACAGAAUCAACUAUCCAAAAUGCAGAAGCUUAUGUUCUCUUCUACAGAAAAAGUAAUGAAGAAGCUAAAAAAAAGAGAGAGAGAGUGUCAAGCCUUAAUGUUAUGGAACCAAGCCUCCUUCAAUUUUAUAUUUCACGUUUAUGGCUGAAUAAAUUCAGAACUUUUGCUGAACCAGGACCUAUUUCAAAUAAUGAUUUUCUCUGCAUACAUGGAGGAGUUCCUCCACACAAAGCUUCUUUUAUAGAAGAUCUGGUUGUAAUACUUCCUCAGAACAUAUGGGAUAAUUUGUACAGCAGAUAUGGUGGAGGACCAGCAGUUAAUCAUCUGUAUGUAUGUUAUACCUGUCAAAUGGAAACAGAGAAAAUAGAAAAAAGACGGAAGACAGAACUGGAAAUGUUUAUUCGUUUGAACAGAGCAUUCCAAGAGGAGGAGUCUCCAUCUAUAUUCUAUUGCAUCAGUAUGCAAUGGUUCAGAGAAUGGGAAGCGUUUGUGAAGGGCAAGGACAACGAUCCACCAGGUCCCAUUGACAAUACCAAAAUUGGUGUCAGUAAAUGUGGUUCGCUUGUUCUUAAACAAGGAGCUGAUUCUGGACAGAUUUCCGAAGAAACAUGGAAUUUUCUACUGUCAAUCUAUGGAGGAGGCCCAGAAAUCAUACUGCGACCACCUGUUGCUCAAAGUGAAUCUGAAUCAUUACAGACUGAAGAUAAAGUAGAAUUAGAAACACAUAGACUGUAGUCAUCAAAUCAAGGAAUGAAUUCUUACAACAUAGCUUCCACUUAGCAACAUACAUUCCCAAGAUUUUUCAAGUUGCUAUUUUUAUCUUUAUUUUUUUCUGUGAAAUGACAGAAUGGUAGGCAUUUUAUCUAUGGAAAGUGAAUUGAAACACAUAUUGGUCAGUGACCAUAAUCAAGAACUGAACUGAGAUUGAAACCUCUAAUAUACACAUUAUAAAUAUUAGAACUUUUCAAAGAGACUUUGGAAUUGUGAUGUUAUUCUACAUCAUUGUACAUAUAUAAAAAUGUAUGCAUUAUAAAUGUAAUUGGUCUUUUCACUAUAACUAUAAAUUACCAAGCUGUCUUCAUUCAAGUUUUAUCAAGACAAGUUGUCAUGGUUAUUGAACAUCAUUAGAUGGGAAGGUGGCAUUAGCAAAUAGAAAUAAUAAAUGUUGUAUGAAAACUCAGGAAUAGUAAUGUUUUCUUUGUGUGUAUAAGAUAUGUAAACAAUUCAGAUGAAUCAGUUUCAGUCAGCAAAUAUAAUCUAUGUACUGUUUAAAUUCUCUAAUGUUUUUGCUGUAUAUAAAUUAUCCUCAAUAACAUAUGUAACUGAACAGAUCUAUAAUCUCUAGGAAUAUUUGAUUUUAAGAGCAUGAAAGGGGUACAUUAAUUGCUCAUGCAAUUUAGGACGUUUAUAGUCUUUUUUUAAUUCAAUGCAUUAAUAGUUCUACAUGGAGAAAAUUUAUAGUAAUGCAGUGCUCAUUGGCAUGAUAUGACAGUGAUGGCGAACCUAUGGCACGCGUGCCACAGGUGGCAUGCAGAGCCAUUUGUCAGGGC